CGGAAGGGUCCAGACGGCAUAAAGGGCAGAGGAGGCGAACCCGUGUCACAACGGGCAGCCGGCCGCUUCUGUAAAUGCUAGGCGCGACACAAAGGCGGCUGGGGACAAAGUGCAGGGAGACUCCUGAGGAGAUAAGAGGGACGGCUAAGGAAGGGGGAGGGGAGCGAGCGCCCUGGAGCUCCAGGCUCUCGCUCCUGGAGGCUUUGGCUGGCAGCCGAGCUCAGCCCACCGGGAUGGGGGCGCGCUCGAGCCUCUUCACCCCAGCUGCUGCAGGGAAGUCGAGAACGGCUGCUGGGGCAGCAGGGCUGCUCCGGGCGACGCUCUGGGCCCGCCCCUCCUCUGCCUGCGGGGCCGGAAAGCGGGGCUACCCAGCUCACCUGGCCGUUUGAGGCGGGGCGGUCCUCGAUUCCGCGAGCGGUGGUGGCGGUGGUACCCUGGGUGCGGGACAGGGGCUUGCCCUGGGACUCCACCAGAGCUCCCACCCCUCUACGCCCCCACGCCCUUGCUGCGGCCCUCCCUCUGCUAGCUCACUCACUGCUUCCCUCCCCUCCCCUCAUUUGCUCCCUCCCUCCCUCCGAGCCCAAUUGCUCAAGACGCUUCCUUCCCCAACGCCAGCGCCAGUUCCUCUCCUGGUGGGGCCCGGGAAGGGCCGCGAACGCUAGACACGGGGACCGCGGCGGAGCUGCAGGACCAUGGCUGAGCCCCGAGGGGCCGCGACCCCGGCGCCCAGGGCCUCCCUGACGCGGAGCCCGCUGAGCCUGCGGAGCGCCCCGCAGCACCGCCCCUCUAGAAUGGACGCCGGCAGCCUGGGCAGGUACCCGGGAAGCGCCGCCGCCGCCUCCCGGGAGCCCCCCUUCCACGGCUCGCUGAUGCUCUCGGGAGCGGGCUCGGGGCGCCGGCGGGGAGCGCUGAGGGAGUUGCUGGGGCUACAAGGGGCGGCUUCCGCCGGGUGGCUGUCAGAGGAGCGCGCCGAGGAGCAGCCCCCUGGUGGGCCGAACGGAGCGGGCGCCAGCAGGCUGUGCCUGGAGCCCCGGGAGCACGCGUGGAUACUGGCAGCCGCCGAAGGCCGCUUUGAGGAGCUUCGGGAGCUGCUGGAAGUGGAGCCAGGGCUGCUGCUGCGGAGCGACCCGAUCACUGGCUACUCGGUGCUGCACUGGCUGGCCAAGCACGGGCGCCACGAGGAGCUCAUCCUGGCGCACAACUUCGCCCAGAGCCGGGGGCUGCGGCUCGAAGUGAGCGCUCCGGGGAGCGGCGGCCUCACGCCCCUGCACCUGGCGGCCCAGCAGGGCCACGACCUGGUCAUCAAGGUGCUAGUGGGCGCCUUGGGGGCUGACCCCACGCGCCGCGACCACAGCGGCCACCGGGCCUGUCACUACCUGCGCCCCGACGCGCCCCGGAGCCUGCGGGAGCUGUCGGGGGCCGAGGACUGGGAGACGGCGGGCGGCAGCGAGCAGAACAACGCCAACAACAACAGCAGCGGCGCCGCCGCGUGGACGCUGCGAAAGACUCAGAGCGCAGUGGGUGCGACGGCCAUGGAGACAACAGCGAGAGCAGCGGCUUUGCCCCGCAAGAAGGAUUCCACCGGCAGCCGGGUAGCGCAAAUUCAAGGCUUUUUUCGCCAAAUGUUCCCCUUCUUCAAGGACCGUUGAGGGAGACUUACGCUGAUGAGCGUGGAGGGACUGCGAAGCUAUGGCGAGACCUCGGUCCUUGGUUGUCCCGGGUCCCACCGAUGGGGCAGUACCUUGGUCGCGGCCGAGUGCACCGGGCCUUCCAGGAGCAGAUCACCUCGGGGGUCUGUCUCAGGUACCUGUCAAAGGUCUCCUGCAGCCACUGGCCAGGAGACCCGGGGACCAGGGCCCCCCUAACCCAGAGGGAGCAAAGACUAAGCUGUCCUGGCGCCUAAUCCCAAAAGGAUUUAGGAGCAGAAGGGUGGUCCUGCUUGGGGGAGGGAAAGUUAAGCUUCCAGUAGCCAUUUCUGAGCAGGCGGAAGCUCUGGGUUUAUUAGGAAACAUUUGCUAGAAGAAUGAAUUAAGACUGUAUACCACUGAUGCGGAGGAAGCGCCUAACUUCAGGCUUCACUUGGUUAUUAAGGGUCAUUUUGUGCUGCCAUAGUCUGCCGCUGGCACUCUGCUCCUGAGGCAACCAGGUCUUACCGGUACCUUUUCUAAUGUAACACGGAUGACCUCUUAAGCUUAUUAAAGUGGAAUUCUGUUUUCCUUUCACAU